GACAUGGUGAACCCGGCGAUUGCACUCGAUUCGACAGUCAGGAGUCACGAUUCGAAUAACUCAACAAAUUCGAAAGUUUCGAGCGCCAUGGACUCGAAACCGGAGAGUUGCCUGGAAUCUAAACACUCGCUGGAUAUCCUACUUUCUGAGAAGCAACAACGGCAUCAAGAACACCAGCCACACUCACAACAGCACAUCGACGAACGACAAAAGCUGAGGAAUUUGGAGUCUAAGAAUGAUUCCAACCUACUCAUGUUCACCUCCUGUGGACAGUUGCUCCUAGAUGCAAGAAGUUUCAAUCUGAUUGGUCCAUCCGUCUCGGAGUAAGAAGCAAGACAAAAUGUUUCUGUUAAAAAAAAAAAAACAGGUAAAAAAUGACAAAUCACAAAAUGUUUCUUUUGCGCGACCAACUGGAAGA